AUGUUAAACAUUUGUACAAGCUAUUAUGGUCUGGAAAAUUGUUAUGUGAUGCUUGCGAAAUCACUCCUGACCUCAAUUUCUUCUGACUAUAAUCAAGAUCAAGGACGAGAGGAGGCUGCAUAUUAUGUAAGGCAGCUAGUGAAGGAACUGUUAGGGGUGAGAAAGAAUAUCAAUGAUGUUAGAAGGGGGACUUAUAGACAGCCGAUUUUGGAUGAAGAGAAGAAGAUGAGUAACGUGAUUAAACAAGAGAUAGGACAUUGGAGGAAUCAAUACCAGCAAAUAAAGUGA